GCUGUGCGUGGAUUGAGUGAAGAUGGCGGCGGGGAGGACGAUGUGGGGAGGAAUGGCAAUGGCUCGGCUACUGCAGGGGAGUUGCUUUCCCAGUGGCCAACCCAGGCGCUAUUUAAAUUUCAAACUGGAUGAGAAAACUGCUCACUGUUCCUUGGACCUAUUCAAAAAAGAGACAGGAGUGAUCUACCGCAUGAUAGGUAUUGACCCAACCAAAGCGGCAAAGAACCCUGAACGCUUCACAGACUGGGCUGUGGUCUUGGCUGACACGCCGCUGUCAUCUGGGAGGCAUUACUGGGAAGUAACAGUGAAACGGUGGCAAGAGUUCCGAAUCGGUGUGGCAGAGACUAAUAUGUCUCGAGAAGAAUGUAUUGGUGCCGAUAACUGCUCCUGGGUCUAUGCUUACCUCCAAAAGAAGUGGUAUUCCAUGGCAUCCAGCGAGAUGAUACCAGUCGACUUCUUUGGAAAGCCUGAUCGAGUUGGCUUUCUCCUGGACUGUGAAGUCAAGACACUCAGUUUAAUAGAAAUUGAGAAAGCUGCUGUUAGCACAAUAAUGACCGAGUUUAGGGCACCACUUGUUCCAGCCUUUGCACUUUGCACUUCUCAGUAA